AUGGACAGUGUGCCCCUCAUCUGUGACUACGGCUCUGGCUUCAGCAAGGUGGGAUUCGCAGGAAUGGAAAGCCCAAUGGGCGUGUUCCCCACUGUCCUCGGGAAACUUCGGCACGAUGGUGACCAAGGCAAUCCCCUGAGCAGGGCGUGUCGCAUCGUAAACGAAACUCGGCGAGUGGGCCUGGGCCCGGCCACAUUCCCGGUAAACGAAACUCGGCGAGCGGGCCUGAGCCUGGCCACAUUCCCGGUAGGGAGGGAGAUGCCCCUUCUCCCCGAAGAGGAACCGCCUGCUCCGAGAGGUGACUUCUCGAAUCCACGUGGUGACAAAGUGGUGGUGACAAGACCCCCAGUGCACCUGCGUUCCCAGCCCAUGCUCUGGAUCGUGGAGCUCAUCCUCCGGAAGGUCCAGUCAUCCGUGGCAGGGAGCAGCGUCGUGACACGGAAGAUCUCCGCUCGACGCAGUGCCCUUAACUCCCAAGUCAAGAAGUCACAGCCACGGAGACCCGGGGUGUCCCUCGGGGCUCCCCCAACCCCACGCCCCUUCCAGGGCUUGAGUCUGGCAGCCAAGACGGCAAACGUAUUGGUGGGGAUGGAAGAGGAAGACUGGUUCAUUGGAGAGGAGGUUCAGAAAAAUCGAGGGAAACUCAUCCUGCAAUAUCCCAUUUCUCGAGCAACGAUGACCAACUGGGACAACAUGGAGAAGAUUUGGCAUCACUCCUUCUACCAGGUGCUCCACGUCGCCCCAGAGCAGCACCCCGUGUUGGUGACGGAGCCGCCUUUGAACCCAACACCCAGCAAACAGAAAGUCACACAGGUCUCUUCUCUGAGCUUCCUCUUGGGCCUGCCCACCAGAGAGGAGGUGCUGGUGUGUGCUGACAGGGUGGCCCUGAUGGGACUGGGCAGUGGGGCCCGGCAGGGGCCUGCGCUAGAGAAGAGAGGAAGGUGUGGCACUCUCCUUAAGGCCAGGGUGGAUCACAGGAGUGGGCCACGGCUGGGCUGCGUGGACGGGGUGCAGCAGGCUCCCGCUUUCAGACUGUUGAGUGCCCAUGAAGCGGUGCUGUUUGAGACUUUCAACAUACCUGCCCUGUAUUUAGCUAACCAAGGAGUCCUUUCUCUGUACGCCUCUGGCCAGACCUCUGGCUUGACUGUUGAAUCUGGAGAAGGAAUGACACACUUUGUGCCCAUCGCUGAUGGCUGCCCUUUGCGUCUGUCAACCUUCCAGCUGGACAUAGCGGGCCAGGACCUAACCUUGCACCUCCUGCAACUGUUGAAAGACAAUGGGCAAUUAUUGUUGGGCACAGGGGAUCGAGAGUACAUCCGGGACAUGAAGGAGAAAUGCUGCUAUGUGGCUUUGGACUUUGACAAGGAAAAGAAGAAAACCUAUUCACCUUCCCACCAUCAGAAAUAUCAGCUGCCUGACGGCCAAGAGAUCACCGUUGGGCAGGAGAGCUUCUUCUGCCCCGAGGCGCUCUUCCAGACAAAACUCAUAGGGAGAGACACCCCUGGCAUCCACACGAUGGCCAUCCAGAGCAUCACUUCCUGCAGCCCCGACCUCCAGAAUGUCCUCUUCGGCCACAUGCUGCUGUCGGGAGGGACGGGCUCCUGCCCCGGCUUGAGAUUCCGGAUGCAGAGAGAAAUAUCUGAGCUGGUGUCCCCUACAGUUCAUGUGAAGCCUCUGCUGUGGGGUCUCUGGGAGCUGUCACUGCAAGGCGUCCCUAUCGAGCUGGCCCUGAAUCCUUCCCAUAUCACCAGCUGGCCCUGGAGCUGGCUGCAAAUCCCACUGGCCAACCCCGCCAGCUUUGAAGCAGGACACUGCAAGGUGACUUCCUCCAGAGUCUGCAGUCAGGAGGCACGGACUUACUCCCUUUUGCCCACAGCCCCCCAAACUUUUCUGGAGGAUUCUAUCACCCUAUCACCCAUUGCCCUCACCCCCAACCCUAGGGGCCUCAGGUCUGGUUGUAGGCAGAUGCACUCAGAGGGAAAGGUGGCCACCUGUCCGUAUUCCGUCUAUGGAGCUUGGGUAGGUGGCUCCAUCUUGUGCUCACUCUCCACGUUCAAGGACAUGUGGGUCACCGGCAAGGAGUACAAGGAGAUGGGCUCUUCCAUCGUCAGUAGAAAAAGCUUCUGA